AUGUCUAGCUCCAGAAAAAAACUAACAUUAAACACUGUCUCCAUAAACCUCGGUUGUGGAACAUGUAGAAGACCAAAACUUUGUUUCGUAUUCAACCCAAAACAAAAACACAAAAAUCAUCACCUUCAUAACAAUCCUUCAUCUUCUUCUUCAAGUUCAAACCCUUGGAGAGAACGGCACAGAGGCAAAACCGAAACAUCAAGUAGCACCAGCAACAUUACUACACCAACAACAAAAACAUCAUUCGACUCAGAGAAGUCAUCACCACUGAAAGGAUUCGGAAGAGUUGGAAACGAAGGAGUAGCGGUUGAGAAAGAUUCAGAUGACCCUUAUCUUGAUUUUCGAUAUUCUAUGUUACAAAUGAUAUUGGAGAAUGAGAUAUGUUCCAAGGAUGAUCUUAGAGAGCUUUUGAACUGUUUUCUUGAACUGAAUUCGAUGGAACAUCAUGGGAUUAUUAUAAGGGCUUUUACUGAGAUUUGGAAUGGAGUUUUCUCUGUUAAGUAUGGUUUUUCACCUGGGUUUCACAUCAACCGUAAAUCACGUGACUUCUAG